AUGGCUCCCCCCGAGAUUGCCACGAUCGCCGAGAAGGAGUCUGGUGCUGCCUUCGAGGUGCAGAUCAAGAGCCCCGGUUCCGACAAGUUGAAGACUGCUGCGCGUCUUCGUCUGGAAUCGUACGAGAAGAAGCCGAUCACCCAACUGCCGACACUUCUGGGUGCCCCCCGCAAUCCGGCUCCUCUGCUCAAAGAGCAGCGUGCUGAUAAGGCCCGCCAAGCAAACGAGCAGAAGAAGGAGGCUGCUCAGCGUGUUCGUGAUGAGUUCAAGACAUCCGCCGAAGUGAAGCAGAAGACUCUGGAGCAGCAGCUGGAGAAAGCCGGAGAGAACCGUGAAGGUGCCCUUGCAAGCAUCAAGAAGAAGGCGGCCCAGCACAUCGAAAAGGUGAUCGAGGUCAAGGACACAUCGAAGCAGAAAGGCGAGAUGACCGCGGAGGAGGCUCGCGAGCGCUUACAGCAGGCUUUGAUGAAGAAGUCUGACCUCCGCGGCGAGAAGGUGAAGGAAAUCUCGGCUAAGGCAACCAAGCACAACGAGGCUGUAGCAGACAAGGUGCUGCAGCACAAGGAGGCCAAGGAAGGGGCCCUGGAAGAGCUGCGCAAGAAGACACCCGAUGAGCGUUUGAUGGACAUGAGCCUGCGCCUCUACGAGCGUUACUUCGUAGCGUUUUCGUCUGAGUGA